UUUUCUUUGUGUAUUUAAAAAUAAUCUUUCCUUUCCCUUUCAUCAACUUAAACAUUUCCUUCUGGCUUAUAUUUAACUUAAAAGUAUCUUUGUUUAAUAUUGUAUUUUAUUACUUUCCCUUCUUUAUCUAUCUAAAAUAUAUUUUAUUCAAAUCACCGCCUUCAGUUCUUGACUAUAUAAACACCCCUCACAUUUUACUCAAUUACCUUAAUUAUCUUAUACUUUAUUUUAAAUAAAUAAACUUGAUUUAAAGAAAAGGCUUGUAAUUUAAUUUGGAAAAGUAACCUGAAAGUUCAGAGAAAAACCUAAACUAAAACCGGGUCAGACUAAAGUAAAAGAGUCAAAUCUUUUAGUAUCAAAAUAAUUUUUUUAAUCGAAAUAAUUAAUUACUAAAAUUUAAAUAAAAAUUAUUUUAUUUUUAUUAAUUUAGCAUGAACGUAUUGAAAUUAUGGAAAAGAAAUAUUCAUUAAAUACUACAGGAAAUUGUGAUGUUAAAUGUCAAUGGAUUUUGGUAGCUUUACAAGCUAAAUGGGAACCAAUAAUUCCAAUUGCUUUAAAAUUUGUUUCUGACAUUGGACGUGUUAAAUAUGUCCGUCCCUGUUAUCAAAGAAUGUUUGAAUGGAAAGUUAGCCGUGAAAGUGCUUUGGAAACUUUCGAGAAAAAUAAGCCUAGAAUGCACAAUUUUACUAUUCAAUUCGUCCAAAGCUUAUUAAACAAUAAAAACAAAAAGGGGGCUAAUAAUGAAAUGGUGAGUGAUAAUUAG